UUUUUUAUAAAUUUCUGGUUGCAGGUCAACUUUUAAAAUUUUUCUAUGGCCUUAAUACAAAAGAAUUAUAUGAAAGAUCAUCUUGACGGGGGUUUUGUAGAGAAGCAGAUUCUCCCAGAGCAUUACUUUUCAAAAUGUGAGACUCCAAAUUCAACGUUUUUUUUGGACUACAAUGACUAUUCGGAAGCAUAUAAAUCUCAAAGAUAUAAAUAUGCGGAAAAGAUAGAUAAAGAAAAGUGCCUUCAAGGUGAUGCGAGUGAGCUCCUGCUUAAUAAGUGCAAUAUGACUAUGGAGAAUUCGCUGUCGCCACCUCUGGUUCCAGCAGAGACGUGUUUAUCCAAAAACUGCCAUAUUUUUCCUCCAGUAGUUCGUUUUGAAGCAUUAGAUCCAUCACUUAUGAUUCAGAAUUUUAUUGAUCCUCAAUUGUUUUCGGAAAGGGAUAUCCAAGAAGUUUCUAGUAUUCCUAAUGAAAUACAACUACUUUCUCCUCCAUAUUCAUCUAUACAAUAUGAUAAGAAUUUUUCAACUACAUUAGAUCAAAAUUGUUAUAGAGAACAACAUCAAGAGGGAUUAGACAUUUUGGAUAAUUAUUCCUCACACUUGCAAGAUAACUUAAAGGACUCUAUUCAUCAUUUGUCUUCUCAAAUAUUUUCACCACCCAUGUCACCGCAAAAUAAUUCGAUUAUAGAUCCUAAAGAUACUUCUUACGGAAUAACAUAUUUUGAUAAGCCAUCCUUUAAUCAAUUUAUGGCACCUAUACCAUUAGAUAACAAAAAUCAACAUACAUUACCUUCAUCAAAUGAAAUAGCCAAGAAAUCUAUGACAUUUGGACGCUUUUCAUCCAGGAGGACUAUGGUUUCCCUUGAGGCAAUCUCUUCUUAUAUUCAGGGUCCAGAAAAGUCGGAUGGUAAAUUCGUAUGUCUCUAUAAUGGUUGUUUAAAAAGAUUUGGGAGAAAAUAUAAUAUUCAAUCUCAUAUUCAGACACAUCUAUCAGAUAGACCUUAUUGUUGUCCAAUUUGCCGUGUAAGAUUUGUUAGACAUCAUGAUUUAAAACGACAUAUAAAAAUUCAUGGCGAUCAAAAACCUUAUGUUUGCCCUUGUGGAAAGAGUUUUGUUAGAACGGAUGCACUUAAGCGACAUAGAAUAAGAGGUAUUUGCAAAGGAUCUACACGUCAAGACAAGACAGUAUAAAAAAAUCAUACUUUGAUUAGAGAAUUUUCUUUUCUAAAAAACUAUU